AUGGCGCCACUUAUCGUCAACAACAUUGAAGUCAUCCAGACCCCCACUAUCCCUCCAGCAUGGCCAACUCCCAAAGAGCCUUCCCGCGUGGAGCUCUCAAGCGGAAGUCAAAAGACCCCAGAGCAUCGUCCGCUCCCGUGCGACAUCAUCCUUGAGCGGGACCAGCCGUUGACGCUGCGCGACGGGACCCGCAUCCGGAUUGACAUCUUUCGGCCGAAGACGGACGAGAAGGUCCCUGCCAUCCUGAUGUGGUCGCCUUACGGGAAGACUGACACGGGCACCCUGAAUCUCCACGCAGUUCCUUUACGAUGUGGCGUUCCCCUGAGCAAACUAUCGGGUUACGAGUCGUUCGAGGGACUAGACCCCGCUGAAUGGGUGCCGAAAGGCUAUGCCAUCAUCAACGCAGACGCCAGAGGAUGCGGUGACUCUGAAGGCGACAUGAGGUCGUGGGGUACCCCAGAGGGCCAAGACGGCCACGACGCCAUUGAGGAUAUCGCCAAGCUGCCCUGGUGCACAGGCAAGGUCGCCAUGGCUGGCAACUCAUGGCUUGCGCUGUGUCAGUGGUACAUAGCCGCCGAGAGGCCGCCUCACUUGGCGUGUAUUGCCCCUCUGGAGGGUGCGAGCGAUCAUAUGCGCGAGAGUCUGUGCCGUGGCGGGAUUCCUUCGAUUGGGUUCGGGUCGAUGAUUAACAAUGUGGUUCGUGGUCGUGGUCAGCAAGAAAACAGCGUCGAGAUGCUGCUUAAGCACGGGCAGGGUCUCAGAGCGUACUGGGAUGACAAGAGGGCCCGCAUGGACAGGAUUGAGGUCCCGGCCUACAUCUUGGGCAGCUAUUCGACGAUGCUUCACACCAUUGGGAGCUUCAGAGGUUUUGAAGAGAUUCCUCACCAAAAUAAAUGGAUGGUGACUCAUGCUACGCAAGAGUGGUUCGACCUAUACAGCCAAGAACGUACCGAUGACUUGCAAAAGUUCUUCGACCGCUACGUGAAAGGCAUCGACAACGGGUGGGAGAAGACUUCGCCGGUAAGGCUGGCCGUGCUCGGCUACAACAAGCCACCCGUGAUCGAUCUCCCUUUUGACUCUCUUCCUUGGCUAUCACCGAGUGCCACGAACACGGAACUCCAGCGUCUUUACUUGGGCGCCGACAAAACGCUGCAGCAUUCCAACAACACCGAUACCGCAACCCUUGGCUAUGAGGGCACGGAAACCAUGGUCUUCACGCACACCUUUUCCAAGUCUACGCAGCUGCUGGGCCCAACCAAGCUCGUGGUCCAUGUAUCCUGCCCCUCGGCUACAGACUUUGACGUCUACGCUCAGAUUCGCAAACGAGAUGCAAGCGGCAAAGACCUCGAGCAUAUCAACAUUCCCCUCGAGGCACUCCCCGUGUCUGAUCCCAAGGAAAUCCCCAGCAUCAACCCGCUCAAAUACCUAGGACCCAACGGCAAGCUCCGCGCCUCCAAGCGCAAGGUCGCGCCGGAGCUGUCGCCCAACUACUGGCAGACGCUAGCCCACGACGAAGACAUUGAGGUCAAGGCGGGCGAGAUCGUCAAGAUGGAGGUCUGGAUAUGGCCCACUGCCAUACAGUUUGAUGCCGGGGAGCAGUUGGCGCUCAAGAUCACCGGCUCUGAUAGUCUGGUGUUGCCAGAGUUUGAGUUCCUGGCCGAGAAGCCGAAGAAUGCUGCUGGUCAGGUUGUCCACUUCGGCGGAGAGUACGAGAAUUACUUGGAGGGGCAUUGGCAUGAUUGA